GAUUCCAAUAUGAGUGUACGAGGCAAUACGAUUGUCCAACCCGUAGGAGAUCCAAGUAUUGACGGGACACGUUGGCAGACUAUUGAAGACAUUCAAUUGUGCAAGUCUUGGAGGGCUGUUAGCCAAGAUCCGGCAAAGGGUACGGAACGAAGAAAAGAUGAUCUAUGGAUAGAGGUACGCCAACACUAUGCCGAACAUUGGGAUGGAUAUGUCCGAUCAUUGCAAGCUUUUCAAGGGAGGUGGAAAACCUUGAAAGUCGAACUUUAUGCUUGGCAUUGUGCGUUAAGGCAAGCGAAGCUUUGGUACAAGAGUGGUGCGAAUAUGAUUGAUGAGCUACGUCAAGCACAAGAUUUGUGGAGAGCUGCGAUGACCAAAUCGAAAGGAAAACCAAAAAAAGGUGAUUUCAUUAGUUUAGAAUGUUACGAGAUUGUUAAGGGGUUUCAACAAUUUGAUGACAUUCCAAACCAUUCCUCUUCGGCUGGAGGAACCUCCAGGGGAGGAACUGAACGGAUGCACACACAACAAUCCGUUCCUGACUCUCAUGUCCAGUUGGACAUAGAUGUAGAUGAGGUAAACGCUGAUGCAACUCCCAAUCCUUCGGUGAGGCCUCAAGGAAAGAAGGCUGCCAAAGAAGCUCUUCGGAAAGGAAAAAAAGCAUCUAAUGAUUCCAGUCCUCUGACAGCCGCUGUGGAGACUAUAGCAACCAACCAAACAUCAAUGUUGUCUGCCAAGGAGAAACGUGAUGAGGAAUAUGCUCGACAUCUCCGUGACCAGCAACAACGAAAUUAUAUACGCUUGCAAUUGGAUAUUCAAGAGAGGGAAUUCAAAAAUCAAGAGAGGGAAGAGCGUAUUAUGGAGAUGGACACAAGUAAGAUGACGCCAACCAAAAAGAAUUACUGGCAAAGAAAACAAACAAAAAUUGCGGAGAAAGAAGCUGAAGAUGCAACCCGUGGAUCUGGCUUCCCACAACCACCAUUCACCGGUGGAUAUUAUCCACAACCUCCUUUUGUCGGUGGCUAUUCACAACCUCCUUUCCCCGGUGGCUAUCCACAACCUCCUUUCCCCGGUGGCUAUCCACAACCACCAUUCCCCGGUGGGUAUUAUCCACAAUCUCCUUUCCUCGGUGGCUUCCCACAACCACCAUUCACCGGUGGUGUCCCUUCCCCACCUUUCUCUUCGGGUGAAUCCACCAACCCCAACCAUAUGGAUGACCCCACAAACACAAAUUGGAUUCCUAAUGAAGAUGAGGAUUAG